AUGGAGUCUCAAGUGCAGAACCGCAAAACCACCCCCCUGCAGGUCUGCAACGGGCUCGUGCUGGCGGCGGACGGCAAGAAGAUGAGCAAGCGGCUCAAAAACUACCCGGGCACGGGCGCGCGCGGCCGCACCCCCCGCGCCUUUGCGGGCGCUGGGGGCUGCGCGCCGCGCGCGCCGCUCAGUGGCCCCGUUGCUGCCGCGGGGGCCGCGAUGGCUGCCGCCGCAAUUGUUACGGUGGCCGCCACCGCAACCGUCGCCGUAACCGCCACCGCAACCGCCACCUCAACAGCCGCCAUAACCGCCACCGUAACCGCCACCGUAACCGUAACCGCCAUCGUAACCGCCGCCGUAACCGCCACCGUAACCGCCACCAUAACCGUAACCGCCAUCGUAACCGCCGCCGACCCGACGGAGGUGAUUGACAAGCACGGGGCCGACGCGCUGCGGCUCUACCUCAUCAACAGCCCCGUGGUGCGCGCGGAGACGCUGCGCUUCAAGGAGGAGGGCGUGUUUGGCGUAGUCAAGGACGUAUUCCUGCCGUGGUACAACGCCUACAGGUUUUUGGUUCAGAACAUCAUCCGCAGCGAGCAGGAGACCGGGGUGGCCUUUGACCCUCUGGCCGCUGACCUGGACAAGGCUGACAACGUGCUGGACAAGUGGAUCGCGGCCGCCAGCCGCAGCUUGGUCGCGUUUGUGCGGCAGGAGAUGGGCGCGUACCGCCUCUACACGGUGGUGCCCUACCUCGUGCAGUUCCUGGAGGGGCUGACUAACGUGUACGUGCGGUACAACCGCAAGCGCCUCAAGGUGCGCCAUGGGGGGGGGGACGGUUACGUGGAUGGAGGGGAGAUGGUGUGCCUGAUGUGGGGGGGCCGGGGAUUCGUCCCAGUGUGA